GACCAACAAGGAACGAGCACAGUUCAUUUUUCAUUAAAGUUUUAAAGUAGUUAAAUUCAGACCUAUUACAGAAAUUUUUACAUAAUAAAACGCCUUCAUACUACCAUCAGAGCAUUGAUUUUGCGUUACUCGAAGAAUAUCUCUAGCUUUUUCACUCUAAUGUCCUUCGCUUUGACGUCCCUGACCUUCCCGCCCAGUCAGAACCUGAGCGCUGGGUGAGGCGCGGCUGCGCCGUCGCCAUGGUAACCGCGGAAGCCUGGGCCCUGAGUGAGGUAUUUUUUUUUUUUUUUUUUGGAGUUAAUGGAGCCAGAAGAAACUCUAGAAUCGGAGAGUUCAGAAAAGUCACUAUUUUCCUCACAGCAAGAGUAUGAAGAGUCGCAAGAAGCAGAAGAAACAGGCGCUGAGAACCCCCUUCUGCAGCCCACUCUCACUGGGGACGUGGAAGGUUUGCAGAAGAUUUUUGAGGACCCUGAACAUCCUCACCAUGAGCACGCUGUGCAGCUGCUUUUGGAAGAAGACAUUGUUGGGAGAAAUCUGUUGUAUGCAGCUUGCAUGGCUGGCAAAAGUGACGUAAUUAAAGCCUUGGCAAAGUAUGGGGUGAAUCUGAAUGAGGCAACUGCCAGAGGGUACACGCUCUUACACUGCGCUGCAGCCUGGGGCCGUCUGGAAACUUUGAAGGCCCUGGUGGAACUGGAUGUUGACAUAGAGGCUUUGAACUUCCGGGGAGAGAAAGCUCGGGAUGUUGCUGCUCGUUAUUCUCAGGUUGAAUGUGUUAAUUUUCUGGACUGGGCAGAUGCAAGGCUGAUUCUGAAAAAAAUUAUUACAAAGUCCUCCCUCAUCAUUACUGACCCAGAAAAGGGACCGGGGAAACUCUUCAAGGAAGACAAGAGCACCAUCCUCAAUGCGUGCCGUCUGAAAAACGAGUGGUUGGAAAGCCAUCCAGAGGCUUCCAUUAGUGAGAUUUUUGAGCAGAAACAACAAUUGGAAGAUAUCGUCUCCCCCAUCCUAGCAAAAAUGUCUACACCACGCCAAGUGAAGAGUGCCAAAUCGAUAACCUAAGCCGUGGUCACCAGAGAAGUCAAGGAUGUGCCUUUUACAGAUGCCACAUGGUGUAGAAGGCUACAUUACAUUUCAGUAUUAAAUACGACAAACCUGUUCCUCGUUCCUGCCAAGUUCAAGAAAUAGAUCCAGGGUUUUGCAGAAAUGUCUGGGUACAAAUUCAGUUACCUGGCUUUGUGUUAGACUGUUCAGAAGACUCACACCUGGCUCAGGGGCUGGGCCUCUGCUCCUCCAAGCUGGGCUCCUCCUGAGUCCUCCAAGCUGGGCUCCUCCUGAGUCCUCCAAGCUGGGCUCCUCCUGAGUCCUCCAAGCUGGGCUCCUCCUGAGUCCUCCAAGCUCAGUCCUCCUGAGUCCUCCAAGCUCAGUCCUCCUGAGUCCUCCAAGUUCAGUCCUCCUUAGUCCUCCAAGCUCAGUUCUACUGAGUCCUCCAAGCUCAGUUCUACUGAGUCCUCCAAGCAUACAAGCACACAGAGAAGCUAAUAGUUUUCUGUUUAACUGAGGCAAGAAAUUUCCACUUGACUAGGGGAUUCUAUUUUUAAAAGAUGCAUGAAGCCAUUUGUAAAAGAAAAGCAGGUGUUCCCUCUCUUUCAAAAAGCAAAUACUAAGAAUUGAAGUCCCCCCUCCCCGAGAGGUGGGGUCCUCUGGUUUUAGCUGUCUGAAUUAAAAUUCACCCGGAAGGUGGGAUAUAGUUUCUGAGGAAAGCCCACAAAUCUGUGGUUUCCCCUCUCAGGGUUUGGCAGUACACGGUAACUGCCACUGUGCUGAGUCCCACCGGUCUCCCUUACAUUGCCUGUGUUUUAAAGGCCAUGGCGACAGAAAGGGUCCUCAGAAAGUACUCUUGGUAGUAAAAUCAAGCAGGACCGCGAACUUCCUAUUACUUUCCAACUUUCUGGGGGAAGUUUUUUAUAGAAAAUAGAACAUGUAUACUUAAAAUAGGAGAAUCAUUUUAUCACUUUCUCCUCAUUGUCUUGCUAUGCAAACUAUUUUUCACUUUAGAGGAGAAAGAAAACAGGGGAGCCAUUCAGUCAUACUUGUCAGGUGAUGUUCUCUUGGUCAUGCUAUUGAGGUCAUCUUGUUUUAAAAUGUUUCCCCAAGUUUCCACUUCUGAGAUCUUUUCUCUAUAGGAGCGAUUGCCAUUCAGCAGAAACCCGAACACUAGCCCGUCUCUGCGGCACCCAGAGUAUUUGCUGCUCGUGGUAGGCAGAGCUCUGUGCUUGGUCCUUUUAGGACAAUCUUUCAAGACACUUGGUGCACAUGAGCACUGAGAUCAUUAGGAAGAGCCUUGGUGCCAUUGGGGGAUGGGUGGUGUUGUCAUUUUUAUUCUAAGCCACGUUUUCUGAGCCUUGAUCAUGAACACAGCAGUGGUCUCGAGGUCUCUGCUCCUCGUAACUAGGAGGGGAGGCUUUAAACGUACUUUUAGUCCCAGGUGAGACAAGCAUUUUAAACCAUCUGCUAGAACAGUUUCUCUCUCCCUCUUUGCCUCACACUCUUUGUCCUCAGAUGUUUUAUAGCCUUUGAUACACUUGCUAGCACAGUAUUUGUACAGUUCCUUGAAUUGGGACCUUUAUACCAACUUUCUCAUAGUCUCCUUUUCUAAUGAAUGCCCCAUCGGCUUCUCCUCUUCUUGACCCUCAUUGUCAGAUCCUCUCAGGAUUCCAUUAGGAUUCUUGGUCGGACAAUGGUGGUUCUCCACCCUAUGACUAUCCCCAUCUUCAAUAUUACAAAGAUCCAACCUUUCCUUCUUGGGGACAUUUACAGCGCCAGAAGCCUCAUUCUGUGUCCUGUGUAACUUAGCCUCAUUCGGUGUCCUGUAUAAUUUACUCACAUGCUUCUCUCUCCAUGUGAAUGAAUAUAGAUCUUUAUGAAAGGAAGACAUUUUUGUUGAAAAUCCUUUAUUUUCAACAAUUUUGUUGACAUCCUUUAUGAAAGGAGGCCUCUUUUUUGUUGGGGGCCUUCCUCAUACCUAAAGAGCUUGUAAAAUAGUAAGUCGGGGAAUAGAAGUUGAAUUGACGCACUUAGUACUACCUUACUCUCAGUACCUAGAAUUGCUUAGUCCUACCUUGUACUCAGAACUCACUCCCUCUUCAUUCAUUUACGAAGUUGGAUUACCAUUAUAGAAAUGCUCCCAACCUUAGCUUAUGCCUUGCCUAUGUCAGUGUACCACAGACAAGCCAUACGCACAGCAAACAUUGUGGCUCUCUGUCUGCCCGCUCCCAACUGUGUAGUUCUGAAUGUCAUGGACCUGGUGGCCCCAUGGCAUCCUUGUAUCUUAUUUCAGAGACUCCUUUGAUGUGGGGUCUGAAUACUUACUUAAAUCUGUGUAUGUAUAACUUCUGUUUUGCUAGAGAUGAUAUCAAUUAUUACCUAUUGUUGCACUGACUUAUACGUAGAUCAAUAGGAGAUUUAGAUGCCCUUAUGCUGUGAGUUUGAUGUGAUUUCAUUAGCUGCAUGGUGCUUUCUGACCUUGCAUAGACUAAUGACUUUUUAAAAAGCACACACUUAACAGUUCAGGAACGCCUCCACAGUAUUUGAAAGGGAGGCAAUUUAAUGUUAUGAUCAGUUCUAGUUGGUAGUUCUUUAGGUUUUGUGUUUCAUUGGUCAUAAAAAUGUAAAAAUAUAAAGGUAUGGUAUUAAUGUAACAUUAAAAUAGCAACUGCUGCCUGUUAUCACUGUCAUGUAACAAAAGACAUUUUAACUCCAAAAAGUAGGGCUACGUGGUGACAGUAUGAUCCGAAUAAAUGAAGCUUCAUUACAGAAUUUUA